AUGGCAGACGCCCUUGUGACGAUAUCAACACCCUCGGAUGGCGUCAGAGUCCUGGCCUUCAACCGGCCAACCAAGCGCAAUGCCCUCUCGCAGGACCUCAUCGACCAACUGCUCCAAGGCCUCGCCGCGGCUGCCAAGGACAGUUCGGUUAGAGUGAUCGUCGUUACCGGUAGCAGCACCUUCUUCUCAGCUGGAGCGGACAUUACGGAGAUCUCUCAGCUCGACGCUGAAACGGCACGGCAGCGUCGCUAUCUCGAAGACCUUUGCAGGUGUAUUACUGGGAUUCGCAAGCCCAUCCUCGCCGCUGUUGAGGGCAUGGCUCUUGGAGGUGGCUUCGAGGUCGCAUUGAUGUGUGACAUCAUCUUUACCUCCAACACUGCUCGGUUCGGGCUACCUGAAGUCAGCAUCGGGCUUUUGCCCGGCGCCGGUGGCACGCAGAGACUGACCAAUGCCAUGGGCAAGUUCAAGGCAAUGCAAGUCAUCCUACUGGGCAAGCAGAUCGAAGCCCCCGAGGCCCAUGCUGCUGGACUCGUGGCUGGCUUGUACAAACCUGGGACCGUCCUGGAGGAGACUCUCACGGUGGCGACGCAGUUGUCAGGCAAGAGUGCCACGGCCGUCUCCUUGUCCAAGGAGGCUAUCAAGAGAGCUGAUGAUCUUGGCCGCGACGAUGAGUUUGAGAGAAGUCUAUACUACUUCGCCUUUGGUACGGCAGACAAGCGAGAGGGCGUUGCAGCGUUCCUCGAGAAGAGAGCACCGACCUGGAAGACGGGCUAG